AACACCCCCUACCCCAUGCACCUUUUUCUCCCUAUAAAUGUCUCUACAGCCUUGACUUUUCUCUCCUUCUCCUGCGUCCCUUCAUUUAUUCUCUUCUCUAUUUUUACAUACUCACCAAUCUCUCUAAGAUCUGAAGGAAUUGUGGAGAUGAUGAAUCGUUGCGGGGGUAAGAAGAGCGGCUUCGCUGCCUGCGAGGAGAUGAGGGGCGUCGCCGAGCACCACGAGCCGGUGGCUUGCCCCAAGCCCCGCCGGCUCACCCAGCUCGCCGCCGGCGUCGAUCCGCUCCGGCCACUGCGGUGGCAGCCCUGUUCUCAAGCGGAGCUGCCUUGUGAAUCCAAAGGCGACACGGAGCUUCUCGUUAUUUUUCUUACAAAGGGUGGGGAGGCGAGCCAGGUGGCCUCGUCGUCGCCGCCGCCGUUCUUCUGCGGGUCGCCGCCGUGCCGGGCGUCGAACCCGGUGGUCCACGACGUCAGAUUCGGCGAGGAGAGGGCCAUCGGCCCGUUCCUCCUCCCGAACGCCAUCCCCUCCGGCUCGCCCAUGGGCGGCUCACCUGCCACGUCAUCUUCCAGGAAGGGCUGCGGACCCACCAAGCUCGGGCUCAAGCCGGCCGCCAUGAGGAUCGAGGGUUUUCAUUGCCUCGACCGCGAUCGCGAUCGCGAUCGCCGGGGCUGCGGCAUCACCGCCAUCGCCUAAAAGCCGAGUAGCCGUUGGAGAAGAGUAAUUAACGGCAUCCAAAUCAACGUUAGGAGCUGAGAAAUCCUUGUGAUUACUGUACAUAAGCAACAUUAUUAGCCCUUUCUUGUUGAUAUUUGAAUAUGGGAAGGUGUGGAUACGGGAAUAAUGGAGGAGGAGAUUAGGCAUGCCUUUUCUUCUCCUUCAAUUUUCGUUUUCUUUUAUUGUCCUUUCUUAAGCUAAUAUUUGCAUUUAAAUUAUUGUCCGGUUGGAGAUGAUCCAGUUAUCUCCGAUCCAUUCUAAUUUGAGUCUAUAUUGAGGCGUGGAAUUUGUAAAGAGAGUAUGUACGCAGUGUGGUCGAGCUUUUGAGUUAUGGGAUCUGUACAUAUAGAUUUAUUUAUGCUUUGGUAAUACUAUUCAUAUUUUGGCCGGUUUA